ACUCGAGCCAUAUACAUAGCAUCAAUGCGCUUUGGACAUCUGAAUUUUAUAUAUACUAUUGCACAGUUUGGCUAGAUUGAUCGCGUUCAAUUCCCACAGUCACGAUGCCUAAAGCUAUCACGAUGCAGCAGGUUGAGGGGAAACCGGGGCAGGUCUACUAUCCUCUCUCCCUGAAAACCGUUCCAACGCCAACUCCUGGCCCCCACGACCUCAUAAUCAAUAUUCACGCCGCCGCUCUCAAUCACCGCGACCUCUUCCUCCGCCAACACCUCUACCCCAGCCCCUCCUUCGAAGUGCCCCUCCUCGCAGACGGCUACGGCAUCGUGACCGCAGUCGGCUCCUCUGCCUCCAAAUCCUGGCUCGGAAAGGCGGUAAUCCUGGUGCCCGGCCGCGGCUGGAAGGACUCCCCCGAUGGCCCCGAAUCCCCCACUGGCUACGCCAUCCUCGGCGGCACGAAAACCUGCCUGCUCGGCACGGCCCAGGAUGUCAUAUGCGUGGAUGAAAACGAAGUUGAGGAGGCACCACCACAUCUGAGCCCUGCGGAGGCGGCAGCACUGCCGUUAACCGGCCUCACGGGUUGGCGAGCCCUGGUGAGCAAGAGCGGGAACGCGCAGAAGGGCCGCAAUGUCUUGAUUACCGGCAUUGGGGGUGGGGUUGCGUUGAAUGUCAUGCAGUUUGCGGUGGGCAUCGGCAUGAACGCUUAUGUGACGAGCGGGAACGAGGAGAAGAUUGAUAAGGCUAAGAGUAUGGGUGCGAAAGGAGGGGUUAAUUAUAAGACUGAUGGGUGGGAGAAAGAGCUGAAGAAACAACUACCAAAGGACAGGCCGUAUAUAGAUGCUAUUAUUGAUGGGGCGGGCGGAAACGUCAUUGCCAAAGCGACGAGGGUCUUGAAGCCUGGUGGAGUUGUGGUUCAGUAUGGCAUGACUGUCUCCCCAAAGAUGGAUUGGUCGAUGAAUGCGGUUCUCAAUAACCUGGAACUCCGGGGAUCGACUAUGGGCUCUAGAAAAGAGUUCAAAGACAUGGUAGCUUUUGUCAAUGACAAGAAGAUCAAACCCAUCGUCUCAAGGGUGGUCAAGGGGCUGGAUAACCUCGAGGAGAUCGAUACAUUGUUUGAUGAUAUGAAGAAAGGCUCGCAGUUUGGCAAGCUUGUGAUUGAGGUUGCAGAUGGGAGCAAUUCGAGCAAACUAUAGACACAACAGGAUGAAAAUGUCAAGCUAAGUACAAACAUCUUAGUGAUUGGUGCUACAGAUGAAUACGAGUUAAGAUUGACGAACAUGUCCAAGCGUUCUCCUGAUCGAAUAUCCUGAUUGAAAAUCCAGUCACCGGAAAAGGUCCACAGCCAAGUGAGCUCAUACUCUCCAGACCUUUUAGUUGCUGCUUUGCUGCAUCCUGAGGCAGGAGGUGAAGCACGGAAUCAUCAUCUUCAAUUAAGGUCAAAUCAAGGGGACCACAUGUCAAGAUCCAGCGG